GUUCUUUUUAGUGAGUCGUUCCGGUGAAUUUCAAGAUAAUGAUUUGCUGCAACUCUAAAUUGCAUAUUAAAUCGUAAACAAUCUGCAGUUUGUUACUUUUUAAUGGCCACCUGGACACAAAACGCACCGACAGGUGUCAGUAAACGGAGGCGCUGGAAUCUUGAAGAUCGCGCCUCGCUGAACAAACUGAAGGAACACAUUGCCGAAGAGGGUUGCCCUCAGGUUCAAUACGAUCUGGGCAAGAAGCUGCUGGAGAAUGCGAUUGAACCCAACGUUGCCAAUGAGAGCCAGAAAGCUGUACAUUGGCUGGUCAGUGCUGCCCAACAGGGCCAUGAGGAGGCAGUACGCUUGUUGCGCAAAUGCUACAAUGCCGGCAAUGGCAUUACGGCCGAAAACGCGGACGAGGUGCGCCGCUGUCUGGCCAUGACACCGGGCGAGCGUGCCGCACGCAAAGCAGCCCGCGAGCUUUUCGCUUGCUUGUCCAAUGGCAACGAGCAUAUUACGCCCAAGCAGCUGGAGCGCAAAAUGAGACGCAUUUACAAUUUGCAACGCAAGCGGCGUCGUCGUGGAGGUGACGAUGCCUCCUCAUCUAACACGGAUGAAGAUAGCAGCGAGUGCGAGCGGGAACCUUUAGAAGAUGCCGCCACCAUUGGCCGUGCAAAUGUGGAGCGUCGUCGUUUUAUAACCGAGGCGCAUCUGGUCUCGGCUGCCUCUAACUAUGCCGCCGGUCGAAUGCCAGCCGUCAAUGAGAACUUGACCCUGUCCGUGCCGCAUCCGGAGAGCUUGGAUCAUGUGCCCUGUUUCUAUCGCAUGAUCUUUCAUCCGCUGGUGUUCUUUACGCUACUAUAUCAUCGCUUCAUCAACCUGGUUGUCGCACUGCCCGCCAUGCUACCCCUAAGCGUGCGGUGCAGUCUGCUGGUGCUGCUCAGCUGGUGGAGUACCGUGGAGGAUAGCGAGCGCCAUAUGCUGCCCUUGAUUAGCUACUAUUUAAGUCUGGGCGUCAUGCUGUGGGCCACGUGUCGCAUGCUAAAAACCAAACAGCAAUUCGUUGACUUCCGAAUCUGGUCUGGACUGUUUCUCAGCUACGGCGAUCACAACAUUGAGGCGGAGAUAUCGGAGCAGCGCUUUUUGCGUAACAACAUGAAACCGUAUUUGUAUUACUUCUGUGCAUUCAUUUGUAAUCUGAUUGUCUAUCCGCUGGUAACAGACGCCUGGCUGCCGCACUCCGAGCUGACCAUCAUCUCGGGCGCCAGCACGUUCAUCACUCUGGGCGUCUUCAUGUACGCCUCGUCCCAACUGCUGCCCGAUUGGCUGGUCAUAGUUUCCUUUGCCGUUAAUGUGCUGGCCAAGUAUCCGUAUGAACUGGACGAGGUUGUAUCCACACACUGGCGCUUUCUAGAUCUCCGUGUACCCACAUUCUCCUCCUUUGUGAUUGGCAAUGGCAUUGAGUUUUGCUUGAAUUGCCGUACUGCUCUCUAUCUGCUGAUACCCAUUCUUCUUGUGCUGCUGGCCAAACGUUCUGGCUGGCAUGGCGCCUACACUUACUUAAUCCCACACUGCGUCACUCUCAGCUGGCUGCAGGUGUGCAUUGUCACCUCCCAGAGUGCCACCGUCUUUGGUGCCAUGCGUGCUGCUCUGGGCUUGGCAGGCAUCGUCUUGUUCCUGCCCCUCUUUGGCGUUGUGGCGCUCCUGGUUCCCGUUUUCGUGGCAAUUGACAGCCUUGGCUUGACCAGCGAGCAUUUGCGCUGGGGCACCACGGCCAUCGCCUGCGCCCUGGUGAUCCUGCUCUCUUGUGUCCUCGCUCUAAAUCGUGCCACCCAGAAAUACAUCACCAUGUUGCAGCUGCUUGUGGGCUUCACCACCGCAUGUGUGCUGGUCUUUCCCUAUAUGACGUCUAGCUUCAAGGAUACUCCACGUUAUAAUGCCAUGCCCACUGUGCUAUCGAAUCCAAAUGUGGGCAUGCAUUCUCUGCCCGAUGCACUUCAAUGGGAACGCUUUUAUGAGCUGUGCGCACAGCCAGUCCAGGAGCAGCCAAACAAAAUCAAAGCCCAGCUGCGUUGCUCCCAUCUCAAUGGCAUGUACGUGGCUUGGGAGGGCAGGAUCACACACGUCCAGAUUGCUCGCGUGUCCAAUAUGCUGGAGGAUGUUGUUUCUAACUAUCUGCCCACCUGGUUGGGCAAGUUGCUACGCUGUGUACAUGGCGAGAAUAUUGCACAGCAUUUCCAAUGUGAUCCCCAGCAUGAGGCGCAGUGCGUCGAGUGGCAGCGCGUGAUCAAGACGCUGAGUGCACAAACUGGACACUGCACGCUGCAACGUUGGAAUCGCUACGAGUACGAGUUGCUCGUUCAGGUGGCGGCCAGCAGCAGCCUGCUGGGUCGCAUCUCAUCCUCGGACGUGGUGCUGCGCGCCCACCAUGACUUUGGGAACUUUACGCAGCGACUGCAUCGCGGCGAUCGGGUCCUGUUUUAUGGCACAUUGCACAACUCCCGCGUGCUGGCGAACAACGUGCGUGAACACUAUAUAUUGGGCUCCAGUACGCCGCCACAGGUGGAACUAAAGACCAUUGAGUGCUUGGACUGCAAGUCGCCGGAUUUGGGCACAUUGAGCAUACAGCGCACAUUGCUCGCCUCGCCGGUGGAUGCACGCAUGCAGGAUUUGAUGCGAGGCAUCAAGUAUUUGUUAAAUGCCCUAUUGAGUCCAUUGAUAACAUUCAAAUAGGCACCCAAAAAUAUAUACAAAUAUAUUAAUAAAUUAUAUUUAAUUGUUAAAA